AUGACUGAGUAUGUGGUUACUCGAUGGUACCGAGCUCUCGAGCUGCUUCUUAAUUGUUCAGAAUAUACAUCAGCCAUUGAUAUAUGGUCUGUCGGUUGCAUACUUGGUGACUUGAUCCACGUGUCAAUCCAACCAAUUGCGCUUCCUUCAGCUAAAGUGGUUACUAUGGUGCUGACUAGGUGCUGUAAUGUGUUACAAAAUAGUUCAAUCAUUGUAAAGUUUAUUCCUGGUAUUGGCACUAUCAUUUUUGCAGUACGGGGUGUUGUCCCAUUAAUUUUUCAGACAAGGAAACAUUUUUUUCAGAGGAGUGAUAAUAGUUGGGGAAAAAGUACCAAUUAUUAUAUAGUAACUUCAUACCUUCGACCACUACUAUUAUGGAAUAGAGCCAUACUUAUUUGCAGAUCAUUUGAGCCAUGGCUUUUGCCUAUUGUUUAUCAAGAGGGUUGUAACGAACUCACAAAUAUGGAAAAUAUUAUAGUUGCUGCUGCUAGGGCUGCAACAACAAUAUCUACAAAUCAUUUGUGGGUUGUUAAGAUAAUAAUCCAAUCAUGCAGCAGAUCAAGAAUUGUGCAUAAAUGCGAGCCUGUCAGCAAAAUACCUGAGGUAUGCAAGUUACUACAACAACGACAAACAUCAUAUCUUGUCUUUGAUCCUACCUAUAUUGUUGCGUCGGUUUUACAAUCUCGCGCAAGUCGCGAAGAUUUGAAAAAGAUCUUCGAAGCCUGGUAUGAGAAAAGGAAAAUGACAAAAAUAUAUUCACCACUUCUGGAAGGACUAUUGGCUCUCUACCUCGGUUUUGAGUGGAUCCAAACAAAUAAUUUUCUUUCUCCUAUUAUCACACAUGGAAUUUACUCUACUGUUAUAUUACAUGGUCUUUGA